ACAGUGGAAAAGUGAUUACUCCCAACGGUGAAAGCAAGGCUCAGGACUAUUUUUAACAAUGAGAGUUUACAACUUGCUGCUGCUCACUUUUGUGACUGCCCUGGCUGCUCUGGCUGCAAGCGGCGAGGCACACAUACCCGACUGUACGGAUCAUAUUAAUGGUCUUUCGUUCGCGGAUCCCAUUAGCUGCUCAAGCUUUUAUGUUUGCCUGCGCGGGCGUGCACUUAGAAGAGAGUGUAGUCAUGGCCUGUCCUUCGAUCCCAGGACUCAAAUCUGCAACCUACCGAGCCUUGUGGAGUGCCACAACGGCGAUCGCAGUAGUUUUAUAGUCUCUGGACAUGAUCACGAUGGACAUUUGGCGGCACCAGGUGGUAAAGCUCCUUGCGAGACGACGACUCCGAAACCACCGUGUAAUAAGACGAAGCCUACGUCUCCACCACCCUGUACAAAAACAACAACCCCUAGUGAAAAAACACCAAUUCCAAGUGAAACAAGUACUCCUUGUGAAACACCUACACAGACAACACCAAAGACAACCACAGCUGUUCCAUCAACGGCUGCUCCAGUUACCGAAAAGACAACAACCGAAAAGACAACAACAGAAAAGACAACAACCGUAAAAACAACAACCGAAAAGACACCGUCAACAACUACAAAGACAACAACUACGAAGACAACAACUACAAAAACAACAACUACAUCGACAACUACUACGACCGCGAAGCCACCGUGUACGAGAACCGAACCACCCUGUACGACAACCGAACCACCCUGCACAACCACCGAACCGCCCUGUUCGACAACCAAACCGCCCUGUUCGACAACCAAACCACCCUGUACCACAACCGAACCACCCUGCACAACAACAGUGGGAUUUGAAGCGAUAAGAGUUAUUGAAACAGUCAUAAGUGAGCCAGCUGAAACGCUGGUCUCGCUGCGCGACUGCCAGGGACACGAAGACGGCACUUUCUUCACAAACGCCAGACACUGUCGCCGCUUCUAUGUGUGUCGUAACAACCGCGCCAGACACCAGAAUUGUCCCGCCGGACAAUGGUUCGACCGUGAGCUGAAGGUGUGCCGCAACCGCCUUGAGGUUACCAACUGUGCAGCCGGUCGCAACUAAGCGAUGAUAUUUCGAA